GCGAAGCUGUCCGAGGAGGAGCGGCAGCGGGAAGCGGCCGCCUCUGCCGCGGCCGCGGAGGCGGAGCAAUUCAGGCAGCAGGUGUCGGAACUGAAGGCCAAGCUGUCCGAGGAGGAGCGGCAGCGGGAAGCGGCCAGCAACGCAACGGCCACUGA